GGAAGAUUUAAUUUAUUAUUUUAUUGUCUCUCUCUCUCCUUGGCAUCAUCUUCAUCUCUUCUGCGGAAUUUGCUAUAAUGGCGACAGCAGAAAUCUAAUUCUCUUCUGCGUUUCGUUAUAUAACCAAAAGAUAGAUAAUUCUUCACCUACAUUGCUAAUCAGAAGCCUCGUGUCUGUUUUACUUUUAUCCGAUCGUUAUCGUUUUACUGCAUCUCUUGAUUCUAUUCACAUUCGUCAGCGUAGAUGAUGAGUUGCCGAAUUCUUUGAGAGGUGGGCACUCCCCAGAGUAAAUGGAUCAGAUCUACGUCACUGUUUGGGAUUUUCUGCGGAUGAAAUUGAAUGCUUCCUCUACUAGAGUUAUUCCUGAUGUGUUGUGGAUACCGCCGUCUUUUUGUAGAUGAUAUUAGUUUAGUGCAACAUAUCGAGGUUGCACCUAAGCAUGUCGUUCAUUUUCUCUGUGACCUGUAAUCACUCACACUAUGAACAGUUUGCUUUUGAGGACAUCUUAUAUUUCAUGUUACAGUUUAACAGUAAUAUCUACGUAACUUCAAUAGAAAGACACUGCAUUGCCAGUGUAGAGCCUUGUGUCUGGGGAUCACUAGAAGUACAUUGAGGCUUUGCCAGUUAUCACUGUAUACAGAUUUAUAAUGGAAAGAUAUAAACUUAUAAAAGAGCUUGGAGAUGGGACAUGUGGAAGUGUAUAUAAGGCCCUCAAUCUGGAGACAAAUGAGAUUGUUGCUGUCAAGAAAAUGAAGAGAAAAUUCUACUUUUGGGAGGAGUGUAAGAGUCUAAGUGAAGUUAAGGCACUCCGCAAAUUGAAUCACCCUAAUAUUGUCAAGUUGAAGGAGAUUGUUUGGGAAAAUCAUGAGCUUUUCUUCAUCUUUGAAUACAUGGAAUAUAACCUAUAUCAAAUCAUGAGAGACCGACAAAGUCCAUUUUCAGAGGCAGAGGUACGGAGUCUUAUUUCUCAAGUGUUACAGGGACUUGCAUAUAUGCAUAGAAAUGGAUAUUUUCAUCGGGACCUAAAACCUGAGAAUCUGCUGGUGACAAGUGAUGUUAUAAAGAUUGCUGAUUUUGGACUAGCAAGAGAAGUUACAUCAAGGCCUCCAUAUACUGAUUAUGUUUCUACACGGUGGUACCGGGCACCAGAGGUUUUGUUGCAGUCAUCAUCAUACACUCCUGCGAUAGACAUGUGGGCCAUUGGCGCAAUAUUAGCUGAGCUUUUCACCUUAUGCCCUAUUUUUCCUGGUGAAAGUGAAACAGAUCAGCUUUACAAAAUAUGCUGUGUUCUUGGUACCCCAGAUUGGAAUACUUUGCCUGAAGGGAUGAAUGUUUCACGCUUAAUCAAUUUUUCCAAGAUUGGGCCUGCCAAGCUUUCACAUAUUAUUCCAAAUGCUAGCUUGGAAGCAAUUGAUUUGAUCACGCAACUAUGCUCGUGGGAUCCACGAAGGAGACUGACAGCAGAGCAAGCUCUGCAGCAUCCAUUUUUCCAUGUGGGAAUGUGGGUUCCUUUCCCUCUCCGGGAACCUUUUCAACCAAAUUCAAAUCACAUAGGUUCAGAGCCAAAGCUUGAGUUGAGUCUGUGGGACUUCAGCACUGAACCAGAUGAUUGCUUCCUUGGCUUGACCCUGGCAGUGAAGCCCAGCGUCUCAAACUUAGAAGUCGUUCAUCAAACCUCUAAAAAUGCUAGGGAG